ACUGGGAGCACCGUUUGAUGUUGUUCAAUUCGUAUUUUCCCCAUUACUAAGCAGAAAUCCAUAUAGAUGAUGAAUAUAUAGGACUAUAAAUAUUGAAUUCAUUAUGUAAUAUUGUCAUUAUUAUGUUAUCAUUCGGAGGUGGAGGUUUAGUGAAUUCAAUAAUUAAUAAAUUACCUUUCGAGUUACAUUUGCCUGGAUAUCAUUAUUGUGGCCCUGGAACAAGACUUUCAGAACGUCUUGCUAGAAACGAUCCGGGUAUAAAUAAACUUGAUGAAGCUUGUAAGGAACACGAUAUAGCUUAUUCCAAACAUACGGAAUUGUCUGAUAGACAUAUUGCUGAUAAAAUAUUAGAAGACAAAGCUUGGGAACGAGUGAAGUCCAAAGACGGCACAUUUAAGGAGAAAAGUGCUGCCUUGCUAGUCACCGGAGCAAUGAAAAUGAAACGAAAGAUGGGUAUGGGUCUUCGGAAUAGACAAAAAUCUUUCAGAAGUUUUGUCUUGAAACCAACUCAUAAAAUUUUAAAGAAAUCAGGGGGCGAUGAUUUGAGAAAAUCAACGUUGAUCGCCCUCAAAACAGCUCGAACUGCAAUUAAGAAAGCAGGUGGAAAGAAAAAUAUUAAAAUUCCCCGAAUCAUACCAUUCGAAUCAAAAUCCGGUGGAAUUCUACCACUCAUACCCAUAUUCGCAGGACUGUCAGCAUUAGGAACCAUGUUAGGUGGAGCUAGCGCUGUUGCCAAAACGGUAAUUGAUGCUAAUAAUGCUAAGAAAAAACUGGAAGAAGAUCAGCGACACAACAAAGCGAUGGAGUCCAUAGGACAUGGACUUUUCAUAAGAAAAUCCAAACGUGGAUUUGGUUUAUAUAUUAGAAAACAGUCAAAAAACUAGAUAAGCUACCCAAACGUGCCCUUUAUGAUUAUGAAAUCGAAUCUUUUGCGAGAGAAAUGAAAAUAAAACAUUUCCGAGGUGUUUUCAUGAGAAAUACAUUACCAAAAUUCCCAAAGAAGAAUGAAUGUGCAAUUCUCAAUUUAGAUUCAGUUGAGGGUCCUGGAACGCAUUGGGUGGCAUAUAGAAAGUAUGGUAAUGAAGUUGAAUAUUUUGAUAGUUUCGGAAAUCUCAAACCUCCCAAGGAACUAAUUCAUUAUUUAAAAUCCUGCAAAGUGAAGUACAAUAGAGAUACUUAUCAACAAUUCAAUACAUCCAAUUGUGGUCAUUUAUGUUUGAGAUUUCUAAUUCAAUAAAUUAAUAUGAUUGAAGAGAUUUUUCACAGUAUAUCAAUCAUGUCGAUGUUGUUCACACUCAAAAAUCGAUCAUCAAUUUUAUCGAUUGAUUUUGCUGUUCCCAUAGAGCUGAACAGUAAUUUCAACUAUGGUUUGGCUUUGAUAGGAUUCUAUACAUACAACACUAUCCCGAAUGUUGAAAAAUAUAAUAAAUUAUAUUAUUCCGUGGAUGGUGAAGAUAAAGUCUUGACCUUUCCUAUUGGAACUUAUGAGAUAUCAGAU